AUUUUGCAGACUUCACCUAUUGGGUGGGUGGGUGAGUGGGCUACCUUUGGUGGUGCGCACUGAUCCGGUAGGAGGGGAACGUCCUGUUGCCGCCUACCCAGUUAGCGCGCGGUAUCGAAAGAGGGCGCCCUCGCAUUACAUUACCGUCAAAAUGGACUUGCCGUCUGUGCGGCUGCAAUGUGAUUUUAGUAAUUUUGAGAAUAGCAAAGCCAUCGAAUGUGGUGUAAAUCCCUCUUAUCUGCGCGAACUAAAUACAGUGCAACUUAAUCGAUGCACAAAGGACAUACGGAGCCAUUUGCAGAAAAGUUGCUGCAUAUGAUGUGAAUGUCGAGUGGAAACUGAUCCUCCUGCGAUGUGGUUUGUUCGACGUCGAUGCAUACACUGAGUGAUAAGACAAUAUGUCCAGCGCAAUCCGCAUAGAUACAAGUUAGGGUUGAGUUGGACAUCAUCAAGGAAAUGUUGUCAUCUACUCCAUAAAGUGAAAGGCAAACCAUUCCGUGGUGGGAAUAAAGCAACUAGCCGUGAGAUGUUUGAUCGAUGGGGUAUCCUGAUCACAGUUGGAACAGGUAUCUGUAGAGGUUGUCUAUCUAAGCACAAACAAGCAGUUACGCACCAGACAGCGGAACAAUUACCACCUAGCGAUGUGCUCUCUAAGGAACAAGAAAAGCAGCAGUGUACAAUCAGUGAUUUCACAUCGCCGGCUGGUGUACCAUCUCUCCAACCCACCGACACAGAAUGCACUUCAGUUCAUGAGCAUACAUCUGAGUCCUCAUCAACUGAUGGAGAUAUUACACAGGAUGUAGGUGCACUUGACUCUUCUUGGGCUCCAGCCCCCGACCAAAAAUGUGGAGCUGCAACCCCUGAACACUUUCCUUACUCAGGGUGGAAUGUCUGCUGUUGAUGGGCAGCUUCGUCUGUCAUUAGAAGAAGCAUCUGAUAACACCAUCCGUUAUUAUAGAAGGAAGGCAAAGGAAGCCUUUGGUUAAUUCUUCAUUGUUUAGCACCGGGUCAAGAAGAUGGGCUCAUGAAGAAUUGAAGAUUACAAUCGGUGAAACAACUGCUGAAUCAUCACAAAGUAGUCAAGAUUUUGAUAGUAGUACCCGGUGUUUUUUUUUAUUGCAUCCUUUUUUACCAACAUUUUUGCAUUAGUGGUUCCAUGUUCUCUUCCUUUACGUAUUUUGUGUUUAAACAAAGGGUUAUCAUGGCUUGUUAUUGGAAGACGGUGACUGUUCUUGUUUUUUAAUGUUAAUUUAAGAAGGAAAACGAUUUUCUUGAUUUAUAUUCAAUUGUUUUUUUCGAGUUUGAUCGUUAGGUUGUUCCAUGUGUCAUUCUAUUUUGAUACUGUGUUGGUUCAGUUUUCUUCUUUCAACUUCCAUUUAAGUUUAAAGUUCAAUUUAGUUUUGUACAGUUGACUCUCGUUAUAGCAAGGUCGGUGAGACCGCCCAAACUACCUCUUUAAACAGAAAUGUUGCUUUAAAAGGACAGCGAAACAAAGAGACACAAAGAGAACUAGAGAUUUGAGACCUCAGAAUUUGCUCUUUAUAAGCAGACGUCGACUGUAGUACUACCAUUUUACUUAUUUGGUUGUGUGGAUAACAGGUUUAAGGUUUGGGAAAAAGUAAAUUUGGAUCCUUUUUGAU